AUGGAUGAAGCGUUGAAAGUCGCUGCUGAAAAACGAAAGCGUAUGAGAGAAGAUAUGGAAAAGAAAUUAAAGCUUGCGCAGAUGGAUAUCGAGCUCGAGAAUGAAAAACGCGAUAUGCAAUGGGCGAUAGAGAAGAAAAUUUUAGAGAUGAAGAUAGCCACCGAAAGAGCCUUUAACGAGAGAAGGGAGGUGGAACGUAAAAAACUGCAACAAGAUUGGGACCAGCUCGUACAACAACGAACGCAUAAGUUGGAGAAGCGAACGAAGAAGUCCAAACGCAAUAAGGCACGAAAAGAGGAUACGGAAAAUCCUGAAGCAUUUGACGUCGGACAGCCAAGUAAUUCGACUCCAAAGGCGCAACCUGGAAGCUCACGGGCCCCCUUUGAAUCUACGCAGUUGCAGGAAAAACCGAAAAAUGAUCAAAAUGCACGUCUGUUGAGCAAAAAGAAAGACGAUAACCAGCAUAAUGAUGUCAAUGAUGACGAAUCGUGCACAUCCGAAUCCGAUUCUUCUGCACACAGUGACAACGAAGGAACAGAGAAAGCUGAAACGACAAUACCGACGAAAUCACAACUAUCUGCACGCCAGUUUCUGUCCCGGAAACUUCCAACGUUCACCGGGCGGCCGGAUGAUUGGCCGAUGUUCUUCAGCAGCUUUGAGACAUCGACGAAAGCUUGUGGAUUCUCUAAUUUGGAAAAUUUAGCCCGUCUACAGGAGAGCUUAAGAGGCCCAGCGAGAGAUGCAGUAAGUAGCCGACUUUUGCUACCCGACUCCGUACCGAAAGUUAUGGAGACUCUGCGAAUGCUCUACGGACGACCAGAGCAGCUUCUAAAUACAAUUUUGUCGAAAAUUCGUAAAUCAGAUCCACCGAAGUCGGACAAACUGGGAUCGUUCAUUAAUUUUGGUGUGCUUGUGCAACAACUCUGCGACCACCUCGAAGCUACGAAUCUUGUGGAUCAUUUGGUCAACCCUAUGUUGAUCCAAGAACUCGUGGAAAAACUUCCUGCAAGUACCAAAAUUGAUUGGGUUCGAUAUAAACGACAGUGUGGAAGAGUGACCUUGCGAACACUAGCAGAUUUUUUGUCAGAUAUCGUCUCCGCAGCGAGUGAGGUAGCUAGUUCGGUGGAUAACGCUUCACAAUCUGGAAUUAAUCGAACGGGAAAAAUGAAGGCCAAUAAAAGUAGAGAGCAAGAAAGUAACGUUUAUGCACACUAUGGAUCCGUGAGUGUCGAUAGUAGAGUGGGAAACACAGCAAGAACCGAACGUAUUCCGUGCCCGAUGUGCGGUCAUACUAAUCACCGACUACGAAACUGUGAGAAUUUCCGUAAGCUGAGUGUUCAUCAGAGAUGGGAUGCGAUCGAAAAGUGGCAACUGUGUUCAAUUUGUCUGAACGCACAUGGAAAAUCAAAAUGUAAGCUAACCAUACGUUGUGCAGUAGAACAAUGCAGAGAGCGUCACAACACCCUACUUCAUCGAGUAGAAAAGCAGUUUAGCUGCAACACACAUGGAUAUGCAGCCAGAAACUCGAUCCUUUUUCGCAUGGCACCAAUCAUUUUGUCUAACGGAGACAGAUCAAUAGAAGCAACUGCAUUCCUGGACGAGGGGUCAUCCUAUACAUUAGUGGACAGUUCGAUAACCAAGCAACUGAAGUGCAAGGGUACAACACAACCUCUUCGUGUCACGUGGACAGCAGGAGUAUCCAGAUUGGAGAAAGACUCACAGAGAAUUCACCUGACAAUCGCAGCUCGAGAAACGCAGGAAAAGUUUGUAAUCCAAAACGUACACACGGUGGAUAAUUUGAAACUUCCAGUGCAGACAUUACGAUUCGAGGAAAUAGCAGAUAAGUACCGACAUUUGCAAGGUAUACCCAUGAUGGAUUAUGAUCAGGCUACACCGAUGAUUCUUAUCGGUCUCAAGCAUAUUCACUUGUUCGCCCCGUUGGAAUCACGUAUUGGACGACCAGGUGAACCCAUAGCAGUUCGCUCGAAAUUAGGUUGGACCGUCUAUGGCCCAAAAGACGCAGAGGAAAUUGGAAGCUUCGUUGGACAACACUCGUGUGUGGGUCUAACUAAUCAAGAACUACACGACCUUCUUAAGGCGCAGUAUUCACUGGAUGAAAAUGGCAUCUCCGCUCAAAUAUUACCAGAAUCUAAAGAUGAAGUAAGAGCGCGGGAAAUCUUGGAAAAAACAACAGUUCGAGUUGGAGAGCGGUUCAUGACUGGACUGCUUUGGAAAGAAGAAGAUCCUCGAUUUCCAGAUAGUUUACCCUUAGCAAUGAAACGGAUGAAAAGUUUGGAAAAAAGGUUGUCUGCUAGUCUUGAAUUAUCAACGAUCGUUCGACAGCAAAUAAUACAGUACCAACAGAAGGGUUACUGCCAUCAAGCUACACGAGAGGAGCUGGAAGGAAGCGAUCCAAAUAGGGUGUGGUACUUACCAUUAAAUAUUGUACUUAACCCUAAAAAGCCAAGUAAGGUCCGCUUGGUAUGGGACGCAGCUGCGGUAGUGAAAGGAGUUUCUUUGAACUCGAAACUUCUCAAUGGACCCGACAACCUAACGCCUUUACCAGCAGUGAUAUGCAAAUUCAGGGAACAUCUCAUCGGCUUCGGCGGUGACAUCCGAGAGAUGUUCCAUCAGAUAGAAAUGCAACCAGCAGACAAACAGGCAUUGAGGUUUGUGUUCGACAACGUUGUAUACGUUAUGGAUCGUGCGAUAUUUGGGGCUACAUGCUCUCCUUGUUCGGCCAUGUAUGUGAAGGACAGAAAUGCUGAGGAUUUCAAGGAUCAGUUUCCAGAUGCUUGUGAUGCGAUAGUCAACAAGCAUUACGUUGAUGAUUAUUUUGAUAGUACAGACACCGUAGGAGAAGCGGUUCAGCGAGCUUCCGCUGUACGAUUUAUCCAUUUGAAAGCUGGUUUUGAAAUCAGAAACUGGGUUUCGAAUGCUCCCGAAUUUCUUCGCCAAAUUAGCCAACCUGAAGAAACAGAAAAAGUUUGUCUUGAUUCUUCGAAACCAGAUCGUGUGCUGGGGAUUGUGUGUGAAACCAAACGAGACAACUUCACCUUUGUCCUCAAAGUGCGAAAUGAUUUAUCACCAUAUGUGUACGAAGAACGUGUACCUACUAAACGCAUCGUGCUAAGCUGCGUAAUGAGCUUGUUUGAUCCAUUGGGUUUCAUAACACCGUUUACGUUUUUUGGAAAAGUUUUGAUACAAACCCUUUGGAGAUCAGGAUGCGAUUGGGAUCAAACUAUCAAUGAACAAGCAGCUGUAGACUGGAAGCGCUGGACGAAGCAUUUGGUGGACGUGGCGAAGGUUGAAAUCCCAAGAUACUAUUUCGGUGAUGGUCUGAUGCUGGAGUACAGUACAUUACAGCUACAUAUUUUUGUAGACGCGAGCGAAAGCGCGUAUGGAUGCGCCGGAUACUUCAGAAUAAUGGCGGGAGAAGUCCCUCGUUGUGCACUCGUUCAAGCCAAAUCGAAGGUAACGCCAUUGAAGCUUGUAUCAAUACCUCGACUCGAACUAAUGGCCGCAGUCCUUGGUAUUCGGCUAGCAGAAUCGAUCAAAGCAAACCACAACUUCCUUGUAAAAGAUGUAUUCUAUUGGACCGAUUCUAGCACUGUCCAUUCUUGGAUCAUUUCCGAACAACGAAAAUAUAAAAGCUUUGUUGCAUUCCGAAUUGGAGAGAUCAUCAGUCGAUCAAAGCCUUCGCAAUGGAAUUGGAUAAGAGGCAAAGGCAACGUGACGGACCAUCUAACAAAGUGGAAGGUUGGUCCACACAUUGGAGAGGAAAGUCCUUGGUUCCGAGGACCAAAAUUUUUAUAUGAAUCAAGUAUGAACUGGCCGCAGCAGUUACCAAAAACAGCGAAUGUACAGGAGGAAAUGCGAGCAACGUUUCUACUACAUACGAUUGAGAUUCAAGGAUCACUUAUGGACGUUUCAAGAAUUUCGAAAUGGAACGUGCUGAUCAGAACACUCGCAUGUGUCAAUCGAUUUAUUUACAACAUUCGUGCGAAAUGCAAGGGCAAACCAAUCGUAGUAGUUCCAGCUACAUCGAAAAUUAAAGCGAUGGCGCUGAUACCGUUACCAUCAAUUCAAAAAUCGUUAUCAAGGGAAGAAUAUCAGGUUGCGGAAAGGAUCCUCUGGAAAAUGGCGCAAGCAGACGGAUUUCCAGAUGAGGUGCGAGUUUUUACCAAAAUCCGGCAGGAUGAUUGCAGUAGUUCUAUGAAAAUUGAAAGGAACAGCAGUUUAUUCAAGCUCUCUCCGAUUAUGGACGAAUUUGGAAUCAUUCGAAUGGAAGGUCGAACAAAACCCGUUGAGUUCAUUCCAUUCGAGCUUCGUUUUCCGAUUGUACUUCCGAAAGGUCACCUUAUUACACGUAAAUUGAUUGAACAUUACCAUCAUAAAAUGGGACACGCUGGGCGAGAAACAGUAGUAAAUGAAUUGAGGCAAAGAUUUUACAUCCAGAACAUCCGGAUGGAAUUGAGUAAGGUGAUGAAGGCUUGUGUUUGGUGUAAGAUAAAACGCUGCAGACCGGUAAUUCCAAGAAUGGCUCCAUUGCCAGCACAAAGAGUUACAUCAAAUCUACGUCCCUUCAGCUUCACAGGUGUAGAUUUCUUUGGACCAAUUAUUGUUUCAGUAGGGCGUCGAUCGGAGAAACGAUGGGUUGCGUUGUUCACGUGCCUGACCACAAGAGCAAUCCAUCUCGAGGUCGCACAUAGUCUUUCUAGCCAAUCAUGUUUGAUGGCGAUUCGAAGAUUUGCUUGCCGUAGAGGUUUUGCGCUGGAAUUUUUCUCCGAUCAGGGAACAAAUUUUGUCGCUGCGAGUAAGGAAGUGAUGAAGACCAUUAUAAAGGAUUGCUGCGAAGUGUAUACUGACGCGAGAACGAAAUGGAGUUUCAACCCGCCGUCCGCGCCCCACAUGGGUGGGGCGUGGGAACGUUUAGUUCGAUCUACGAAACAGGCAUUGUCAGUUUUAGAUGAUGGUCGACGACUGACUGACGAACUACUGUUAACUGUCUUGGCCGAAGCAGAAGAUGUUAUAAAUUCGAGACCGUUGACUUACGUCCCGCAGGAGUCCGCUGAUGGAGAAGCAUUAUCGCCCAACCACUUUCUGCGAGGUUAUCCAUCGAGCGGUGCAGAAGGCUAUCCAGAAGCAGCAGACGAGGCAGCAGCGUUACGUGAUCAAUACAAACGAUCUCAAUGGUUGGCCAAAGCAUUUUGGAAAAGAUGGCUGUUAGAAUACUUGCCAUUGAUCAACAAGAGGAGUAAAUGGCACGAGGAACGAGAGCCAAUUCAGGAAGGAGAAAUAGUUUACAUGGCCGACGACGAUAAUCGUCGGAAUUGGUUACGGGGAAUUGUAGUGGAAGUCAUCAGAGGACUAGAUGGCCGCAUUAGACAAGCAGUUAUACGAACUACGAAAGGAACAUAUCGGCGACCGGUGGCGAAGUUGGCGGUACCUGAAAUUAGAAACCGUAAAUCCGGAUGUAGCCAGGAGUUUUCACCGGAUGUACGGGGUGGGGCUGUAGAGGUACCACCCGGACCAACAUCAAAAUAUACAUCCCUGUAG